CGGUUUAGUAGAGGAGGCGUCGAGCAGCAAGGGGAACGUGGGGAAAGCAAAGCUAGGCAAGGAAGGGCUGCGACAAGAACAAGAGUUGAAGCAGGAGGAGGCAAGCGUACAAGUCUCCUUGCAGGAGCUCGAUCAUCUCCUUGCUCUCUGCACGCUCCGAAGAUGGUGAAGGAGAAACCAUUCCCAACUCAUGUCAGGGGUCACCCGGUGGUUCCUGAGAAUGUCUUGCGCAAGAGGAAGACCUUGUCAGAGCUCAAGGAGAAACAUGAAGAGCAGCUUGCUGCUCAACGAGCGAAGAGGACAACUGGUCCCACCGGUGUCAUGUUCAAAAAAGCAUCAUAUUUCAUAAAAGAAUAUCGUCAGAAGCAGAAAAACAUGCGGAGAAUGAACAAACAGAAAAGAAUAGAAGCCCCAGAAGGAGAAGACUCGAAGCUGCUACUCGUGAUGAGGCACAAGGGCUCAAAGGGGUUGGACGAUGAGACUAAGAAAAUCUUGAACUUUCUUCACCUCCGAGAGGUCAACUGCGCGAGUCUGAUCCAGGCGAACUCCAAGAACCUCAAGAUGAUAAACCUCGUUGCUCCCUACAUCAAGUACGGGGUGCCGACGUUGCAGACCCUGCGCGAUCUCAUCCAGAAGAGAGGAUACACCAAGAUCGAGGACAAGAAGAUACCAUUAACAGACAACCAGGUGAUUGAGGACAUGCUCGGAAACAAGGGGAUCGUCUGUUUGGAGGAUCUCAUCAACGAGAUCCACAACGUUGGGCCGAACUUCCUGGCUGCCGUCAAGAUGCUGCAACCGUUCAAGUUGAAGGCUCCUCGGACUGAUGUGAAGACCAACUUCCGCGAGAGAAAGAUGGAGGACAUCAACGACACCAUCGCGAGGAUGAACUGAGCUGGCAGUCCCCUGGACCGGCAGCUCAAGUUGUGCAGUGCUCUUGAUCCUUGUAGAAGCUCGGCGUCGGCUGAGAGCUGUUAUUUUAUUUUCCAUUCACCAUUAAAGUCGAUCGAGCAC